CUGUGUACAUGCAUGAAUAUAUUAGAGAAACAUCGUGUCUUAUAGAUUUUCUCUUUAAAUUCUAAGAGGAGUUCAAUACAGCACUGAAGUCCUUACAGAAGAAACAUAAACGCAAUGAAAAAAUGAAAAGAGAGUUUGAGAAAACAGUUCAACACAUCAAGUCUCAAGCUGAGCACACAGAGUGUCAGAUUAAACAGCAGUUUGAGAAGCUUCAUCAGUUUCUCAGAGAUGAAGAAGAAGCUACAAUCACUGCAUUGAGGGAGGAAGAGGAGCAGAAGAAGGAGAUGAUGAAGGAAAAGCUGGAGGAGAUGAACAGACACAUCUCAGCUCUUUCACACACAAUCAAAGACAUGGAGGAGAUGAUGAAAGCCACUGACGUCUGCUUUCUGAAGCUCUGAUUUCAGAUCAUUAGAUAGAUCUUUAAUCCAUAUUGACAAUGCCCAUGCCUUUUGCAAAGUGUCGCACUGAUUUUAAUAUCGGACACGGUGGGAAAAAUGACAUUACUCAGCACAUUAAAUCACAACAGCACCCCAGCUAUUUCGAACUUCAGUGUAAUGUUAAAGUACAAUGUUAAAUACACGUGUUUUUGUUAAAUGUCCACAUUACGCUACCCGAAAAACGCUAAUAACAGACCAGGGCUUUGUUUCCCAAAACCAUCGUAAACCUACAUUUUGAUUGUAAAGACCGUUGGUGGCUAUAAUUUAGGCUUACAAUGCUUUUGGGAAACGUAGCCCAGAGGUGUCUCUCUCAACAGCUCUGAAACAUACUAGCCUUGACGACCGUGUAAACAAAAAAAUGGAGACGGACUGCAUGCUUUGCUGAUUUUUUGCAGUUAAAGGAACACUCCACUUUUAUUGAAAAUAGGCUCAUUUUCCAACUCUCCUUGAGUUAAACAGUUAAGUUUUACCAUUUUCGAAUCCAUUCAGCCGA